AUCAGGAAUGGGGAUGGUGCUUGGAGGAGUAGUUAUCCUUCUCACAUUGAUAUGGGGACUUACUGUCGUACUCGGAAGUUCCGAUCCGGAUGAGGAUGCCACAAUUGAUACUUCCGAACCUGAAACCGCCACAGCCGGCUCUAGCAUCACUACAGACAUCGAAACGAGCUGGACGGCCCGGCUAGUGUUGGUAGCUUCAGUGCCAUAUCUUAUCCUUGAGCUUCAAAAUGCUAUCACCUCGUCGUCGGUGAAAAAAGUCCUUAUUCUUAUCGCUCUCAUCAUCACGGUUGCUUUGCUCAUUGGUUACAUUUUGUUUCAGUCGUUCCAGCCAUGGAUACAAAACAGACAUUUCGAGUUCAUGGUAGAUAAAUACGCAAAGGAUAAGCUACUGACACUUUUAACAACAAAUGGCAAGCCCAGUAUAGUGAAGAUACAAAGGUUGUUCAACAAAAUUGGCAAGGACAACACUGCAUUAGUAACACCAGCAGAAAUCAGAGUCUUGGUCUUAGGAGUAAAGAUGGAUGACGACGACAUCAGCACAAACCUUGUUUUGGAGGAAAUCGAAACAUAUUUUGACACCACCGGUGAUGGAGGUAUCAGCCAAGAAGAGUUCGUAACGGGCAUGACCAAAUUGGCUCUAACCCUUUUAGAUCAGACUCCGUCACAAAUAGCAACAUCCGGACAGAUAACCAGUCCAGAGCAGGAAGCGCUGUUAGGUAGAAUCACGAGCACGAGCCGAGCAGCCAGCACUUCUUGGUCGAUUUACAUCAGAGCAACUUUAUCCUUGGCAUUUGGAAUCGCAAUCGCGUGCACCCUUUCACAGCCAUUGUCGAAGUCAAUCUCGGAUUUCGCCACAGCAGCAAACGUGUCAUCCUUCUGGGUUUCGUAUUUGGUUCUUCCUCUCGCUCUGAACUAUGGCACUAUCCUCCAAACAAUUACUUCGGCCUCACAGAAGUCGCAGAGGACCAACUCUUUGAUGCUGUCUUCGCUAUAUUCUGGUGUGUUCAUGGGAAAUAUUAUCGGUUUGCUUCCAUUCCUCGUGCCGGUAUACUUCCGCGACUUGUCAUCAGAUGUCACGGCAGAGCUUCACCUGGUUCUGUUGAUAUGCCUCAUCAUGGGCGGAUUCACUAGCUUCAACACCACGUUUCCACGCUGGACGGGCUAUGUAGCACUAAUUCUAUACCCGAUAUCUCUAGGGACUGUCUACGUUAUCACCUCUGUUCAGUCUUAAAAUCCCAAUAUGUUAUCACUCUAUAGCAAUUCAUUUGAUGUGUAUUUUCAAGAAAGUAUAAGCAAUCAUCAAUCUAUAGCAAUUCAUUUGGUAUGUAUUUUCAAGAAAGUGUAAGCAAUCAUCUCUGUAAUUUCUUUUGUUUAAUAGUACACUAUAAUCUAAAUAUUCA